AUUGCCCAUUCCUAAUUACAUUGGUGGGGAACUGCUUCUUGAACCGAUUAUGUUCAUGUUAUGCAAAGACCCCCUCAGGGCUAUUUGGAGGGAGUUCUGAAUGAUUUGGAUCUAACGACAGCGAAAGAAACGCCAGUGUAGUUCCCCAGCCAGGAUGAUGUGAAUUGUUAUAAUUCAUGAGUCCGAGACUCUUACUCCACUCUAUCGACAAUGUAGCAAACGCAAUGAUACCAAGGUCAGAUCACUAGACACAAUGGGACGGAUUGAAAACUCACUGCAUUUUUGCAACAUUAAUCACAGAAUUUCGACAUUUGACCAAUAACUAUCUCUGGGAAUAACUGGCGAAAAUCUGUAGAGCCACAAAUGGAGCUGCCUCCCUCUGGUUCAAAGAGGCCCCUAUAGGAGGCAACCUCUCGCUUUCUGCACCAGGCAAAGCAGAUUUGUUGCUGUUUUAAGGAAAGCCUUGGCGGCAGCGCGCCUGCCUGCGUGUGCGCGCCUCUGUGAAUGAAGUGGACGGACUGAGGCUGGCUGGAGCACCAUGGAGCAGAGCUCCUCGGCUGGCAAACUGUUGUGGAUGCUGACCUUGGGGACAGUUUGUGUCUGCAGUGUGGAGCCUACAUCCCGUAGGGUUUAUUACACGUGUGGAGCCGUUGUUGAUUCUGAAGCUCAAGGUAUUAUCCUCUCACCUGGCUUUCCCACAAGUUAUGUUCCAGGCACUCACUGUUUGUGGCAGUUUUUCAUCCCGGCUGAUGUGCGUCUUGUUUUGGAAGUUUUUGAUUUCGAUGUGUUUGAAAGUCUGCACAAUGCUCAAUCAGCUCCUGCGAUGAUAAGUGGAAAGAGAUCUGUUUCUGGGCCAUCAGAGAAAGGGGGAACUGUCCAGACUCGAGAGUCCAACAACUUGUAUCAUCAUGCAAAGGAGUCUGUUCAAGGUGGAAGAAAAAAUAUGUUGUUUAAUGAGACAAAUGUGUCUAAUUCAAAAAGCUUUGAAGGAGACUACUCUGCCCAAUCCCGUAAAGCUAAAGACAAACAAGUAGUGGCACAGGAAGAGUCUGCAAUGUUAGAAAUGGUUAAGAUGCCACCUUCAAAACAGGAAUUUUCAAUCACAGACUCUUGGCUUGGCGAUUUGAAUAAGAAUGAUUCUGAAGAGUCAAAUUUGAGUUAUCCACUAACUGGUUUUGCCAAUUACCAAGACAUGAAUGGAGACCCACAAUCUGACAGCAAACGGGUCCAACAAGGCGGAACGAGGCUUGAAAUUGAUCAGCGUGAGAUACAACAAGUUAACAGUUUGACUGAGGUCACAGUGAUCCCUGUGACAAAAGUGACACCCCUCGUCCCUCCAGAGAUCUGUCCAAAUGAUGUUUUAUACAUUUCUGACUUGAUCACAUUCUCUGCCCGAUUUUGUGGAGCCAAUAGCCCAGUCAACAAGACUUUGACAUUUGGUUCUUCCCUGGAGAUGGUGGAGGUGGUGGUGGAACUGAUCACCACCACAGACAAGGGCCGUGGCUUCAUACUACUCUACCAGUUUAAAACUGGUGCAGACCCUGAUCUUCAGGCUGUGAUAAAGCACAGGGACCAAGACAAUAUGAUUCAUUUCCUGGUCAUUGCUGGCAUUGCUAUCUUAUCUGCAGUUCUUCUGAUUGCACUUUGUCAUACCUGGAGGAAAAAGGCUCAUUGUAAAGGAAGUCAUUCCCAUUGCUCAAGAAGUCGAGAGAACGGGAUCCAGAAUUCUGCAGUUGAUAUUGGAGAAAUGCAGCUCGUGGCCAACAGGUCAAACCAGGAGGUCUCGUUAGAAAAUGAAAACAACAAUCACAGCAUUGGUCUUGGAGGAAUGGGUAAUUCAAACCGCACUGAAAUGGAAAUGGCCUCCAGUGAGUCAGCAGUGACAGAGACUGGGAGCGAUGAGAUCUUUGUGAUUUCGACUGGUCUCAGUCUGCGCAACUUACACUUCUCCAGCUUUAAAACAAAGGUCCCCAAGAGAAGCCCGACAAGUCCAUCUCUGGCCUGUGAUUGGCUAGCUCCAGAUCUCUUGGUUUCUGAAGGAGAGAAGCCACGGUUGGUUAAAAGAGGUGAUGGUGGAGGAGCCACCCCAACCCAGCAGCACACCUGGAGUGACCAGAACGUCCAUGAUGUUUUGGGGCCAUUGCCACAACUGCCAAGAGAUUGGCGUGACUGGACAAAUACAAGUUCAUUUACAAAACUGGUGGAGAAUUGCUGUACUGGCAACUCACCAAGUGACCACUACAUUGAGAACAAGCGGAAAGUUGUGUCUGAUAUGCGGUUGGCAACAGAGUUGGAGCAAAUAUAUGAUUCUUCAGGAAGUGCUGCUUCUUAUCCACUUACUCAAUCUGCACACAGCCAUCGUAGGGUCUUCACAGGCACCAACCUGAGAAGAGCCUGGUUUGGAAGCCCCUGCUUUGGCUACCGGUCAAAUGCAUGUCACCACAACGUGGGCAUGACCACUAACUGUGAGGACCAUGCAUGCCAGCAGCCAGAUCCACAAUCUGUGCCAUCUAAUCAAGGGCCAAGGUUCUUCACAGAGAGCUGUGUGUCAAACAACAUCAUCAAAAGUCUUCAGACUGACUCAACCAAAAGCAGACGUCUGGCAAAUGAACCAGAUCGAAAAACCUUGGCAAAACCAGUUUUUGUCUUCUCAGAAGCGAGUGAAGAUCGACAACCUUUGGUACAAGCUCUACAUCCUGCUGGCCUGUCUGGUAAUCUAGCUCCAUUUGAGGAUGUUACACUUGACAAAGUUAAUAAUGCUUCAGAUGUACAGGAACUGAAUCAUCCAAUCAAUUUAAAGUAAUUCUAACUUAUAAUUCUAUCCUAUGGAUAAAUUUUCAAACUUCUCAUAUCAACAUAAAGGAACAUAACUGAUGCCCAAAAAGGGCAAAGCUGUAUCUCGCUGAUGGAGACAAGUGCGGCUGAACUACCAGAACACAACCACAAAAGUGAUGACCUACCUAAUUUCCUGCAAUGCAUGUCAGAGGUGUACAAUGAAUUACUUGAUGUCAGUGGUAAAGUACUGUGUUAGGACAAUAAUGUUGUGGGAAGAGUCUUCAAUUUUUCAUUGACAACUGGUUGAAUUCUCUUAAAACAACUCAGCUUGUCAGAAAUGAAACAAGCCAUAUCCUGAAGUGUGAAUCUUAUGUCUACUUUGACAAUACUUUUGUUAAACUGCUUCAGCUUUCCAUUUAAAAAGUGAUAAAGAAGUCAGGAUUACAGAUCUAUAUUUGACUUGAGCUAAAUAUGCAAACUGUACACCUGAAUCUCACAACUAUGUUCUGCACAGCUUCUCUGGCUAGUUUUGUUUUUCUUGAUAAGUGAAGACAACUUCAAAUCUGGAUAUUAGUUUGCUCACCGAGCUGGAAAUUUUGAUUUCAGAUGUUUCGUCACCAUACUAGGGAACAGCAGUGAGCCCCCGGUGAAGCGCUGGUGUGAUGUCAUUUCUGGCUCUUUUGAGGAUGAUAGAUGCGAUCUAAGUCGAUGUGUUUGUUGCUAGAGUUUGAGUUGGAAUGCUAUGCUUUGAGGAAUUCUUGU